GUGAGCCCACCCCCAAGUUCUACCGUCUGUGACGAUGAGCUGAACUUUAGCCUGUCUGUCACGACAGAAGAAUCCGAGGCCGGUCACCGCGACAUCGACCCAGUGUUUGGCGAGGACGAAAGACUUGCAGUAGAGGAGAUGAGUCAUUUCGACGGUGAUCUUCCUGAGGAGCCAAUGAUGCGAAAGGUCAACUCAACCAGCUCAUUCCGCAAGCAUGCGGUUCGUGCCCGUCGCGAGCGAAUUCGCGCAGAGCGGCGUGAGGAGGUCGACGACUUCUUGCAGAGGAACAACUUCGCUGGUGUCAAUGCGCCACGCUCUCGCUCGGGAUUCAGGUUGCUCUCGGAAUCCGUUUUCCCACUCCACGUGGCAGCCCAGAAAGGAGAUGCUCACAUGGUACAAGAGCUUCUUCGAGAAAGGGCGGAUCCCAACAAGAGGACCUCUUCCGGGCGUACGGCGUCGGACAUGGCAAAUGCAAUGAAUCAGUUUGGCUCGCACCGUAUGGUGCUCGAGAUCCUGUCCGGACGGUGGAACACCAUGAGCUUCCGUGACCUGAGAGCCAUUUCAGGCCAGAGCGCCUAG